AUGCUCGCAAGAGAUUUAGCAUCGAAAUCGGUGUCUGUAUUUAAACAAGACCCGAAUUUGGUAGCGGCCAUUGAUAAACUGUACGGAAGAAACGAGCUGGAUGAUUUGCAUAGCGAAGUCUUGUUACCGGAUAGGCGGAUGGAUUUUCUGGAAGUUCAACAAAUAUUGAAUAAAUCAUUGUUAGAGAAAGAAACACCUCCCUGGAGCCUAGGAAUAGUGGCCACAGCUAAGGGACUGAUCGCUGGCCCAAUAAAGCUGCAUUUCAAGGACGGCACAUGUAUUGACUGUUUUGGAUCUGGAGGAACGCUAAUACCACAAGAUGUUGACGGUAUAAAAGAGUUCAAGACGACCGCAAAGUACAUAUUGGUGGUGGAGAAAGACGCCGUAUUUCAGAAGUUACUAGAUGAAGGAGCGUUAGUGAGAUUGGGGCCUCUUAUCAUUUUGACCGGCAAAGGCUACCCGGACGUGUGCACACGGCAACUCCUCUGCCGGCUCGUGGCCGAGCUGCGACUACGGGCUCUGGCGCUGGUGGACGCCGAUCCCCACGGCUACGAGAUCUUCCUCACUUACAAAUACGGCUCCCUGGCACAGUCCCACCUCUCGCAAUCGCUGGCUUGCAGUUCCCUACAAUUAUUAGGGGCCAGACACAAUGACGUCAUGACGCUUGCACCCAAAGAAGCGCGCCUUCCACUUACGACGCUCGACAAGGGGAAAAUAAAUAGCUUAGUCAAAAGACCAUACCUUAAUACAACGGCAGGUUCGGCGAUAAGAAAAGAUCUGCAGGACAUGUUAAGGAGUGGUGUGAAAGCCGAGAUCGAGGCAAUGUGCCCCAACGUCAGUGCUCUCUGCGAUACAUAUCUACCCUCCAAAAUUAUUCAGGGUGUUUAUUUAGGA